AUGGCUUCAGAGAGCUGGUACUGUCUCCGUCUCAAUCUGCUCGACUCAACCUACCUGGUCCAAGAUCUGGGAGAUCUCACUCCAAAAGGAACAUCCGUUAUGCCUGUUGAUGCGCCCGAGGUUCGACUCAGUGACGAAAUCAUCCGCAGCGGUCUCGUCGAGCGGACGGAUCCAGAUGACGACGAUUAUCUCUACAUGGGCCAGCCCCCAUCCAACACCACGGGACGUGGCCAUGAGCAGAGCCUGGAGGAUACAACCGAAUGA